AUGUUGGAGCAAAUUAAGUCUGGGGAUGGUAAAGUUUACUGUAGGAGAUCGCCUGAAAACAGCAAGGGCAGCAGCGAUUUGUUGAGGGGACAAACUAUUGUUUCAGAGGGGCUAAACCCCACGAGAACACUACAUGCUUCUGGUUUUGAUAUGGGUUCCGAUAAUUUUUCGGGCCUGAGUCGUGUCGGGUCAGCUGUGAGGGGAGGGUUUCUGAGGCAGGAAAAUCAGGUUCGGAUAGAUUUGUCCAUGACAUCGAAACGCCAUUUUCUUGAGCUAAGGAGGAAACUGGAGGCCGAGCGGGAGAUGGUUCGGAGCUUGAUGAGCAAGAUUGAAGCAAAUGAGAAUGAGGUCCGCAAGCUUAUUAUUAGAAAUGCUGAUAAGGUGGCUAUGGGAAUGGGACCGUCACGAACAGUGAAGCCCGUGAAUCAGUCAAUUAAGCAGUCGAGCGUUGGUAAAGUGGGGAAAGAGAAAAGGACUCCGAAGGUAAACAAAUUGUACAGGAAUUCGGAGUUUUUGCUGGCCAAGGAUAAGAUUCCCCAUGUUGAAGGCAACAAAAGAUUGAAGUCAAAGGGUGAAGGAGGAAGUGGGCUGGGAAUGCAGAAUUUUUCAAUCAAUCAGGCAUUCAAGAGUUGUAGUGCUCUCCUUGAGAGAUUGAUGAAGCACAAGCAUGCUUGGGUAUUCAACACGCCUGUGGAUGCUGUUGGUCUUGGUCUGCAUGACUAUUUUGAAAUCAUAAAGAACCCUAUGGAUCUUGGUACCGUGAAAAAUAGAUUGACUCAGUCUUGGUAUAAGUCCCCGGUCGAGUUUGCCGAGGAUGUGAGACUCACUUUUCGUAAUGCUAUGACUUAUAACCCAAAAGAGCAAGAUGUUCACUUGAUGGCGGAUCUGCUGUCCAAAUUGUUUGAGGACAAAUGGGCUCCUAUAGAGGCUGAUUAUAGGCAUGAGAUGAAGCUUGCUUCAGAUUUUCAUGUGGGCUUGCCAAUGCCUAUGGCUCAGAAGUCUCUUCCCCCCUCACAGUCAAGGGCAAAACCUGAUAUGAAACUAUCUGUUGAUACUGAUCCAAAAAGAAAGACAAUGGGUGCUGUUCAAUCUGGCAAGGUUCCUUCCCCAAAGAAACCUAAGGCAAAGGAUUCUGACAAGAGGGAGAUGACAUAUGAAGAGAAGCAAAAGCUUAGUGUAAAUUUGCAGAAUUUACCUUCCGAGAAGCUUGAGAACGUCGUUCAGAUUAUUAAGAAGAGAAAUCCCUCAGUUUCACAGCAAGAUGAUGAGAUUGAAUUCGAUAUUGACAGUGUUGAUGCUGAGACUCUGUGGGAGCUUGACAGGUUCAUAACAAAUUAUAAAACGAGUUUGAGCAACAACAAAAGGGAGGCUGAAAAUGUCAGUCAAAUAGCCACUGAUCUAUAUCCAACAACCAAGGAAAAUAUUACCUCGACAGUUCAGACUGAGACUCCAAAAGAAAGCAGAACAGAUGAAGUGAGAGCUGUCAUAACUCCAGUUGAAGUGGAAGGGCCCCAAUGCGUUAACACAAAUAAAGAAGCCAACCACAGCAGCUCCAGCUCUGAUACCACCAGAUCCUCAUCCAGGGAUUCUGAUGUUGAAAGUUCCUCAGCAGAUGGAUCUGAUGGCAAACACUCACCAAACAAUUGA